AUGAUUUUCGACUAUUACACCCAGUUGACGAGUAAUGCGGGAAGCGGCAGCCUUGUUGCCGCCGCCGCCGUCGUGCUUGUGCUCUACUGGAUACAACACGUCACCUACAACCUCUACUUCCAUCCGCUUCGCCAGUUUCCGGGGCCACUCCUGCAUCGCGCCACAUGCUUGCCCUUUCUGUACCACCUCUUCCGUGGCAGCCUGGUCUUCCAUGUCAAGCAUCUCCACGACCAGUACGGCCCAGUCGUCCGCGUCGCCUACAACGAUCUCGCCUUCACUGACCCGCGGGCAUGGGAAGAAAUUUACAAUCGUGAAUCAGGCCGUUCUAGUGGAAGCGACGAGAUGACUAAGUCGACACAUUUUUAUCACGAUUUGGUGGUCAGCCCCCAGAUAUUUACUGAGACCGCUCUUCAAAAUCAAGACUCCAUCAUCAAGGGAUAUGUGGACGUCUUCACGAGAAAGCUGCGCGAGCAGUGCGCCACAGAGGGAGUCGAUACACCCGAGACCAAGUGCCAAGUCGUCAUCACGGACUGGUAUAACUGGCUCGCCUUCGACGUCGUGUGUGACUUGGUUCUUGGAAACCCUUUCGGCUGUCUGGAAACUACCCGUAACCACCCUAUGCUCGCGUUGGUUUACCAGAUGUUCAAGUUUUUUUCUCUUGCCCAGGCCCUGAAGUACCUCAAAAUCGACUGGAUUAUCAUGCCUUUCGUCGGGCUGGUGAGGUUAUGCAUCAAGAUAGUCGCUUCUCCCCUCGUGAACAAGAUGACGAAAUCUGUGGAUAAGCGCUUCGGCCGGGGUAAUGCCAUGGUCCUCAGGCUCUUGAACGAAGACGGCUCGCAACCCGACUUGGAAUACGCCAUCAGCAAUGCUGGAGUGGUCAUCGCCUCCGGAACGGAAACGCUAUCGGCGCUGCUGUCUGGCAUCACCUACCUUCUGCUGCAGAACCCAAACGCCUUGCAAAGGCUGGUGGACGAGGUGCGUUCGACUUUCAAAUCGGACGCGGAAAUCACAGUGCUCUCCGUGCAGCGGCUGCCGUACCUUCGAGCCUGUAUCAAUGAAGCCCUUCGCCGGUACCCGCCGGUCCCCGUCGGCCUACCGCGGGUCGUCCCCAAGGGCGGCGCAAGCAUUGCAGGGCAUGACAUUCCACAAAAUACCAACGUCGCCUGCUGGCACUACGCAGUCUAUCAUUCCGGGGACAACUGGUCUGAUCCAUAUAGCUACGAGCCUGAGCGCUUCCUGGGCGCCAAUGGAAAGCCGGGCGACCGUCUGGAAUCGCACCGGCCCUUCUCAGCUGGAACGAGGAACUGCCUCGGCAAGAGCUUUGGGCCCGCUGUGGCGCGCUUGGCCCUAGCACGCACCCUUUUCAGCUUUGACAUGACCCUUGCCGAACCCAAAUCCGAGUGGCUGGACCAGAAAACGUAUACUGUAUGGAUGAAAAACGACCUGAGAGUCCACCUUGCACCAAGGCUAUAG